CUUUUGACCCUAAGCAAUCAUAAACUCAUCUCUAUCUCUCUACCUUGCUCUAGUAUUGAAUCUACUUUCUCUUUCUAUCUCUAAAUCAUUCCCACUGUUUUUACAUUUUCUUUAGAUUGUUUAUACAUUUGAUUGAAGCUUCUCAACCGCCGGCCUUCACCUCAUCAUUCGGACGGAGGUGACUAGCUAGAUUCAGUCGGCAGUGGGAAAAGAAUCUAGAUUUGAAAGAAUCAAUCGGGAAAUGGAGCAGAGAAGAGUUGGUGGAAAUGGAUUUGUCUCGAUGUCUCCGUCCCACACACCGCGGUCGAGCGAGAAGACAGCGAGGGAUCUGCGAUUGGGAGAGGGGAACGUGAUCGGUAGGCACGACAAAGAGAAAGGCGUGAACGUGCAGGUCAUUCUGCGAUGCAGGCCAUUGAGUGAGGACGAAGCAAGAAUUCAUACACCAGUGGUAAUAUCUUGCAAUGAGAGUCGAAGAGAAGUUUCGGCUAUUCAGAGUAUAGCUAAUAAACAGAUUGACAGGACAUUCUCCUUUGACAAGGUUUUUGGUCCAGCAUCGCAACAAAAGGAUUUGUAUGAGACUGCCAUAUGCCCCAUCGUCUUUGAAGUUCUCGAGGGGUAUAACUGCACCAUUUUUGCUUAUGGGCAGACAGGAACAGGGAAAACAUACACAAUGGAGGGCGGGGCGAGGAAAAAGAAUGGGGAAUUUCCGAGUGACGCAGGUGUUAUACCAAGGGCAGUUAAGCAAAUUUUCGACACACUGGAAACUCAAAAUGCGGAGUAUAACAUGAAGGUCACAUUCUUAGAGCUGUAUAAUGAGGAGAUAUCAGAUCUUUUAGCCCCAGAUGAAUCCUCAAGGUUUAUUAUUGAUGACAAGUCUAAGAAGCCAAUGGCUCUCAUGGAGGAUGGUAAGGGGGGUGUCUUUGUUAGAGGCUUGGAAGAGGAGAUAGUAUGCACUGCAAAUGAGAUUUACAAGAUACUUGAGAAAGGUUCUGCUAAAAGACGUACAGCAGAGACUCUUCUUAAUAAACAAAGUAGCCGUUCUCACUCAAUCUUUUCAAUCACAAUUCACAUAAAGGAGUGCACUCCAGAAGGGGAAGAGAUGAUUAAAUGUGGAAAAUUAAAUCUUGUGGACCUUGCUGGAUCGGAGAACAUAUCACGCUCUGGUGCAAGAGAGGGUAGAGCGAGGGAAGCUGGUGAGAUCAAUAAGAGUUUGCUAACACUUGGUCGUGUCAUAAAUGCUUUAGUUGAGCACUCUGGCCAUGUCCCAUACAGGGAUAGCAAAUUAACAAGGUUGUUGAGGGAUUCUCUUGGAGGGAAAACAAAGACAUGCAUAAUUGCAACAAUCGCACCCUCCGUAUCUUGCUUGGAAGAGACACUGAGCACUCUAGAUUAUGCUCACCGGGCCAAAAAUAUAAAGAAUAAACCAGAGAUUAAUCAGAAGAUGAUGAAAUCUGCUAUGAUAAAGGAUUUAUAUUCUGAAAUUGACCGGCUGAAGCAAGAGGUAUAUGCUGCAAGAGAGAAGAAUGGCAUUUAUAUACCUAGAGACAGAUACCUUCAAGAGGAAGCCGAGAAGAAGGCUAUGGCUGAAAAGAUAGAACGAAUGGAACUUGACAUGGACUCCAGAGAUAAGCAACUAAUGGAGCUUCAGGAACUAUACAGUUCUGAACAGCAUCUAAGUGCAGAUUUGACUGACAAACUUGAAUCAACAGAGAAAAAGCUUCAGGAAACUCAGCAUAUGUUGUCUGAUCUGGAAGAAAAACAGAGGCAAGCAAAUACAACAAUAAAAGAAAAGGAAUUUCUGAUAUCCAAUCUUCUGAAAUCUGAAAGGGCACUUGUCGAGCGUGCAUUUGAACUUAGAGCUGAACUGGAGAAUGCUGCAUCAGAUGUAUCAAACUUAUUUGCCAAGAUUGAGCGCAAGGACAAGAUAGAAGAUGGGAAUAAAGCUCUCAUCCAAAAAGUUCAAUCCCAACUGACUCAACAGCUUGAUUUCCUGCAUAAGACCGUUGCUGCUUCUGCCACACAGCAAGAACAACAGCUCAAAGCCAUGGAAGAAGACAUGAAUUCUUUUGUGUCUACUAAAACUGAGGCUACCGAUGAGCUACGGGGUUGCCUAGAGAAGCUAAAAGUCAUGUUUGGGUCUGGCAUAAAUGCCUUGGAUGAUUUAGCGGGAAAGCUUGAUGAUAAUUCACAGUUGACUUUUGAACAAUUAAAUUCUGAAGUUUGUAAGCAUUCGUCUUCUGUGGGAGAGCUCUUCAAGGGGAUCGCUUCCAAGGCGGACACAUUGAUUAAUGACCUGCAAAGCAGUCUUCAUAGUCAGCAGGAAAAGUUAAUUGCAUAUGCUCAACUGCAACGUGAGGCUCACUGCAGGACUAUCACAACGUCAAGGUCUAUCUCCCAAACAACCACAAGUUUUUUCAGGGAUUUAGACAUGCACGUAUCACAGCUGGGUCAAAUGGUCGACGAAGCACAAGAAGUCAAUGCCCAAAAGUUCACUGAGCUUGAAAGGAAGUUUGAGGAAUGUGCUAUGAAUGAAGAAAGACAGCUCUUAGAAAAAGUAGCAGAAUUGCUUGCAAGCUCAAAUGCACGGAAGAAUAAACUGGUUCAAACUGCAAUCAGUGGCCUCCAGGAAUGUACCUCCAACAGAACGAAUAAGAUUAAACAAGAGAUGUCAACCAUACACGACUCUAGUUCUACAGUGCAAAAUGAAUGGACAUCGUUUAUGGAAAAAGCUGAAUCAAAUUACAGAGAGGACACUGCAUCCGUGGAGAAUAGAAAGAACGAAAUGGAACAAGUCCUUCAAAAUUGCUUGCAGAAGGCAAAUAUGGGGGCACAGCAAUGGAGUGAUGCUCAAAGAUCUUUGCUCGAUCUUGAGGAAGCCAAUGUAGCUUCUAUUCAUGGAAUAGUUAGGGAAGGGUUGAAUGCCAAUCAAUCCUUGAGGUCACAGUUUUCCUGUGGUGUAUCAUCUGCACUUGAAGAUGCCGACAGUGCAAGCAAGAAUCUUCUUUCAUCUAUUGACAAUUCUUUACAACUUGAUCGGAAUGCAUAUGAGAACCUCGACUCCAUGAUUGUUCCUUGUUGCGGACAACUGAGAGAGUUAAACACGGGACACCUCCAUAAAGUUGCUGAGAUUAGAGAAUAUGCAGGAAAAUGUCUGUCAGAAGAAUACACGGUUGAUGAGCCAUCAAGUUUGACUCCAACCAAGAGAUUGUUCAAACUUCCAAGCGUGGAUUCCAUAGAAGAAUUGAGGACUCCAGGUUUUGAGGAGUUAAUAAGGUCAUUUUGGGAUGCAAAGUCAUCAAAGCAGCAGCAACAGCCGAAUGGAGAUGUAAAACACAUUGUUGAGAGCCCUCAAAGCUUGAGAGAUUCAAGAGUUCCCCUUACUGCUAUCAAUUGAAUUCAAUGUUAGGUACAUUGUGUACAGUAGCAGCAGUAGCAUCAAGUCUUCUGUAAUCUGGUGUUUCUCCUUAAAUAUUCUUCAAGUUUUUGGUGGUGGGUGCUAAUGUUAUGCUCUUCUAAAUCAAUCAGUUGGUUGAAUGCUUAAGUUCCCACGGUUCUUAAGUUCCCUUUUGAUUUUUUUUUUUUCAGCUGAAAUAUGUGAAACAAAUAGUUCAUUUUACUAACACAUAUA